GAUGCAGAGGAAGAGGAAGAGGAUAAGUUGUUGGCAGCCUGGAAAACGUACCUGGACUGGGCGGUAGGCAACUGUUCACAGAAGGCCACAAAGUCGGUGGUCCAAAAGAGGUCCACGACCGCUGCAGAUGCUGCACCCCCUCCACCCCUCACCCCCUUCGAGGUCAUCUGUCUUUUUGAGAGGGCCAUCACUGCCCUCUGUUUGCAUCCCUCCGUGUGGCUGAAGGCGGCUGACUUUCUGGUAAGUCAUUUCAGGAUAGUGCUCCCCUCCCCACAAUGCCAAACAUGUCAAUAUUUUGUAAAAACGAAUUUUUCUGACGGAAUUCCUGUCCUUCUGGGAGGAGAGCGCACCGGAUGUCUCCUUGGCCUUAAGAGCUAG